AUGCCGCCCAAGAAGACAGCCCAGGCAUCGCCUAAAGCAGGCGGAGGCAUCCUACGUUCAGGACGCUUUGCUAAGGCGGCCUCAGCAGACGUGGUUGCCAUGGCCAAGUCACCGAGGAGCAGGGCCCGUACUCGCACCCCGGCUCCGACUCCCAGGAGUCGACGAGCACGCCGCGUGGAGGCCGAGGCAGAGGCAUCGGAAUCCAUCAGUGAGUCCUCCUCGUCUUCGGAAGAAUCCUGGGGGCCACCGCCUAAGAGAGGAUCCAUACGACCACCUCGAGGACCACCUCCCCCGACAGCGGUCAACGAUCCGCGGGCGGCUACUGCUGCCGCGCCUGCAACGCUUGAUGCUUCUGGACAUGCUCCCCUGCCUCCCAAGGCUGCAGCUCCGCUGGCUACGACGACUACCAGUUCACCGAGACCGCCGUCCCCAUCUGGACCACCGCCGCCUUCGCCGUCAGGAGCCCCUCAGGUGUCGACCGGUUAUCCCCAAGACCUCAUUCUCACAUUGCAGGGUGCUUGGCAGCUCCGGCUCACUCAGGUCACUCCGCUUUCGAUAUGUACUCCACCCUUGCCGAUUGCACCACUGCCAGCGGCGAAGGCUAUGGCAGCAGCCACGACUAAGGCCCCACCUCCGGUUGCGACAGGCGCCUUUGGUCUACGGGCUCCGCCUCGACCAGUCCUCCCGGACAGCUCUGCCUUGUCUUCCCUCCUGCCACCGACAGCCUUGGUCCCUCACUGGCUCUACUCCAUCCGUGCCGGAGACAGGAUCACCGGCUACCACCACGCCGGUCCUCGCAUGUCCUUCCUGCCACUGACGGUGGACAUGACAACCUAUGGUAAUGUCAGUGCUGGCCCGUCGCCACGGCCCUUGCUUCCGGACCGGUAUCGUAAAAGUGCCAGGUUCAACUCAUACCGCAGUCGUGCCCUUACUCAGGCAUUGCACUACGAGAGCUGGACCCCACCAGCUCUCUGGGCCAGGCUGGAGGAGUCCUCGCCUGCGGGAUCGCUCGCCCUGAGCCGUGGCCUCAACUGCGAAUCGGCUUCAACGGGGCAAACAACAUCAUGGCCGCCGCACCAGGGACGUUUCGUCCGCCUCUUCGAGGCCCACCCUCCCUACCUGGCUGGCACCCCGGGGGUCAUCUUGCCGGACGACAUCCGUGGUACACCAUUGAGUCCUGCUCAUGCCCCAGUUGAGGGCCAGACCACCUGCAAGGUCAUGCUGAUCCCGGGCAUUGAAGUUCAUGUCUGCACUUCUCCGCAGGUGAUUCCUACACCUCCGACCUUCUUCUCUGGGAUUGUUCAGGAGCGCCUUGCUCGGCUGCAUAGAUGGAUGGUGACGCCACCCCCGCCUUCAAGGUUUGCCCGACCGCCAGUGGCCCUGGCACCGACGCAGAUCGACGGCCUGGAGGAUACAGCAUGUCGAGGCGUCCGCCCCGUCGUCCAGGUCAACUCUGACAGUGACGCUGAUGACGGCGACGCCGUGAUCCUCAUCCCUGGUCCUGGGGGUCAAGGAGAGACAGCAGUGGAUUGCACAACCCCUUGCCAGGAUGGAAGACUUGAGAAGGCGCUUCGCCGAGUUCGGCCUCCGAGCGAGAUGGACCACCAGGAGACGCCAGACACCGAGUCAGACACUGUGGACACUGUGGAGGCACUCGGCACUGGAGAUGAUCUUCCGCCUCCUUCUCCAGAGCACAUCCUGAAUGCGGACCCGGCGGCUUCAGACCUUCUGCUGUGCACCUCUGGCACUAUCACUCCUCCGAGGAUCCAGCCGAGCAGCGAAGCAAACCUGGUGGAAAUCACACAGGUGCGGGCCUCCUCGCCAGAGCCGCUGAUCACAUGCCAACCGCUCCCGGCCGAAGGUCCCUCCACGCUAAAGAGAAGACGCCGCCAGCUUCCUCAGCUAGAAGCAGAGGCACGGGCCCAGGUCGAUCACCAAGUUGAGCUCCGGAUUGCAGGCCCCAGUCAAUCGCUUUUCUCACCGCGAGCCUCUCCACUGACUUCGAAGAAUCAGUCACAGAUGGGGCGACCAGCGGGGCGACGAUCCACCUCCAGCUCCAAGGACGACAGCUCUUCCUAUCAAUCGGGGACAAGUCACAGUCGCGAGCCUCGACGUUUCACUGACUCGGGAGUGACUGUCCUUGGCAUACACCCCUGGACAGUGGUCUACCUGCAUCUGGUGGGAAGUAAGGCUCGGGCGCAUCGUACACCGGCAGUUCCCGACUUGGCUAUCUUUGAGGCACUGCUUGCGGAGUUUCAGGAGGCAGACAUCGACCUGUGCGGGUCUCACUCCCCAUCCGACCUUACCGUGCUCUCGGUAAGAGCCAGCCCAAACGGGCCCUCCUUGAUCUCCAAGGCCACGGUUGAGGAGGUUAAUUCUUAUGUGCUCCAGCAGGCAACGGUGGUGUUCCCAGCCGUUCGCAAUCAGGGUAUGUGGCAAGCCUCUCGCUACUGGCGGCAUGGACUCGGGAAGCUAAAAGGGCCUGGUUCUAUGAUCAAGUUCUUGGUGGACUGCCUCAAGACCUUCUUUCAGGAUCUGUAUGCACCGGAGGCCCCCACGGCGGCGAUUGUUGCCUGUGCGGAUCUUCUUGCACCCUGGCUCAGUGACAAGGUGGGGUCAGCCACCCAGUACUACCACGACAAUUGCGACCUAUCGGUCUCACGGAAAGUACGAGCCGUGUACUGGCCGGACGCAGUACAGGGGAGGCGCUGCAUCGUGUCUUCAGCCAUUGUCACGAAGUGCUGUGUCAUCCUCGUCCCAUCCAUCCGCCUCCAAGCGGAAGUGGUUCCAAUUGAGCUGAGAGUACAACUACUUGAGUUCUACAGAGGUCUGCUCAUGCGACGAUUGGCCCGUGCGACUUCGGCCGAGUGGGUCCGCCGUGCACUCACGGCUUUCGCCGAUGACUUUCAUAUUGGGCAGGUCGUCUACUCCAACCGCGACUUGCUUUUGUCCAUUGAAAGGCUGGGACAUGUUUUGCAGCUGCUCAUCGACGCUCGCAUGAAAGUCAACAUAGACAAAUCCGUGAUACUCCUCUCUGUCAAUCACUCCUACGCCAGACGCUGGCGGCGCAGGGAAAUCCUCUCUGAUAAGGAGGGCCCGAGACUGCGGAUCUCGACACCUACGGCAGGCACCUUCAAGCUGCCCAUCGUGGCCACACACAAAUAUCUGGGAGCUAUUAUAUCCUACCAGGAAGACUGUACGCAGCUUACGGUGGCGUAUCGGCUGCGCCAAACUUGGGCGACCUGGACCCGACUUCGACCAGCUCUCACCUCAGCCUCCGCACCAGCUCUCCCCUUGAGACUCCGUCUUUGGCAGGCAUGUGUUCCUCCCACCGCUCUCUACGCGCUAGAUAGCCUUCCGCUGCAGCAGCAACACCUAGCGGUCUUGGAGGCUCCCGCUGCUGACUUGGCAUACCCUGGCAUGCAGGAUCAACGCGAGUUGGGCCUCUUCCAGAACUUCAUGACACCGCCGGCAGGAAUGGACAUGGCUCAGCCCAAGCGCCGCCGGGGGGAGGAACCGGAUGCACAACCAGCCCUAUUCCUGAGCCACUCUUCCGGCUCUCAAGCCUCGGCGUCAACUCUGGCGUUCACCACCACGAGCUCGGAACCCAAGGGGAAAGGGAAGGGCAAACAGCCCAAGGGCAAAGGCCGAGGCAAGGGGGGCAAAUCCCGCCCAGCUGCGCAGCAGUCGUGGAACGAUCAAUGGAGCCCGGAUCAGUCUUGGUCGAGUGGCCACUCGUGGACUUCCUCCGCCGACCUGACCGGUCAAAUGGCCCGUCUCCUUCUACGCCACGAGCAGCAGCUGCAGAGCAUCCAACAGGACUGCAAGCUGCAUCUCUACCUUCGCAGUGGGAAGGAAUCCUUUCUCCCCAAUCUAUGCGAAAUCGCCAAGGAAUGGAGUCGCCUUCGUCGAGACAAACCGGGGAACAUCAACAGUCCGCUGCGCACCCUUCUCCUUCGUGCCACCCUACAGGAGAUGGAGACCCGCAUCAAGCUCACGCUCAGCAAGGAGAAGCAGACGGCCAUCGACAUGCAGUGGUACAAGGAGGAGGAGGGCUGGACCUACAUGCAGUGGAAUGCGCAGAAGGGGCCGGACCUUCGAUUGAUGCGCAACAUGUGUUGGACUAUGCUGCUGGGGAACUGGGAGAGGCCCGAUCAACAGCACGACAUGCACGAAUUCUUGCUCCACCUCAUGCCGCGAGCCAGGUUAGAGGCAUUCAGCGGUCUGUGGCAGACUCGAAGACUGGAAGACACAGGCAUUGUCAUUUGCGCAUCCUCCAGUGCAUUACUUCCUGUUACCGUUGACCUGCCCUCAGAGGCGCGGGGACUUCAGCAUUGCGUCCAAGAGUGGUUUGCCCGGCAUUAUCGCACCGCUUUUGAAGGCACCAUGCCUCGUAUCCUCUGCCUCCACUUAUCGCGCUACAGGCGUGAUGCGAGGGGCAUUCUCAGCAAGGACGAUCAGGCGCUACCGGACUGGUCUGAAGUGCUUCGCAUUCCGCAAUUCGCGACCACUCACGACCUUCAGAAACAUUGGCGGCCUUAUCAGGUGUGUGCCAUGGCUCUCCACUAUGGUCCUACCUUGCAUCAGGGGCACUACCGAUGCCUGACGCGAUGGGGUCAAAAUCCAGUGCGAGUCUGGCUGCAUGAUGACAAUCGUGCUGCAGCGCCCCUCUCUCUUUCAGACUCCGUGGAGCUCAGUCGCAAAGCCUAUAUUGUUUGGGCUGUGCGAAUGGACUGA